AUGAACUUUUUAGAUUUUAUUUAAUAACAAAUAAAAGAGAAGUAAGAUACAAUAGAAGAAGUUCCAUCCUAAAUAAAAGAAGAGGAACCUUUGAAUUUAAAUGAAAAUCUCGAUGUUUCAGAUAAUGGAAGUUCAUCUAAUGAAGAAUAAUUAUAUGAAGAAUAUUUUAAGGAAAAACCUUCUUUAAAAGCCACUUAUGAUGAUAUCUAUGAGAAGUUGAAAUAAAAUUCACCUCCUUAAACGGAAUUGGAAAAUGAAUAACUUUAAAUAAUUGCAGAAUUAUAAGCAAAAUUAGUAUUAUAAGAAACGGAAUUACUAAUUCUUAAAAGGCUUAAUUAGGAUUUAAAAAAUAACUAAUCACAUUAAGCUAAUAGAAUAGAAUAAAUGUAAAAAGAAAAGGAUGUUAUGACUUAAGUAAAGAAUAUUUAUAAAAUAAAAGAUGAAAAUAGGUUAUGAUAAGAAGUUUUAAAAAUUAGAUGAAAAAAGGAAAAUAAUUGAUUAGAAUUAGAGGAUAAUAAAAAAAUUAGCAAUGUCUACAUCAAAUGAUUAUUUAGAAUCAGCAAUUAAAAGAGUAAAUCAAUAAGUUAAAAUAAAUGAGUAAAUAUUUAACAUAUAGAAAUAGCAAAGUGUAAAUUCUUAAAGAAUAACCUCUAAAGGAAAAUCCAUAAGUGAGAAAAUUAUCGAAUUAAAAAUAAGUAAAUAGUUUUAGAAAUAAUAAAAAAUGA